AUGUCUCUUUUAAGAACCACUACCGGCGUCGGCGUGGGAAUUUCCCUGUCGAGCUCUGUGCUAGGUGGCUUCACCCAGAUCCGUACCGCCACAAAAAGAGUCAGUGGUUCCAAGACAAACAAGAAUGACUCCGCUGGUCGUAGAUUGGGUCCAAAGGCAUUUGAGAACUCUUUCGUGAAUCCUGGUGAAAUCAUCAUGAGACAAAGAGGUACCAAGAUUCACCCUGGAGCUAAUGUUGCUAUUGGUCGUGAUCACACUAUAUUUGCCAUGGAGCCAGGUUAUGUCAAGUUCUACUUGGAUCCUUUCCACCCAUUGAGAAAAUUCGUUGGUGUUGCAUUGAAAAGAGACCAUCCUCUACCACCAAACCAUUUUGAUCCUCGUAUCAGAAGAUUUGGUUACGAAGAGAUCUUGGAUGAGGCUGAAGCCAAGAAGGAAGAAGAUCAUAUGAGCAGGAAAGAGUACCUUGCACAAGAUGAGUUGAAGCAGAUGGCACAGGAGAGACAGAGAGUCGAGUCCGAGCGUAAAGAACAAUUUCUUUCUCAACUCAAGAAGGAGUUCCCAGAACACCCACAACCUGAACAAGCCGCCGAAAGACUUUACCAGGUCAGCGCCCUCAUGAAGACUGGCCAGUCUUUGGAAGAAGCCAGAGAUCAAGUCACUUUCACUGUGUUUUACGAGCAACAAUUGGCAUUAAGACGUAAUGAGAUUCUGGAAGAAGAGCUCAAGACAAAGGUUGAUGAAUACAAGAAGUUUGCUUCUGAAUUAGACACAGCAUUGGCCUUGGACCACAAGACCCAGCUCCACAAGCCAUACAGUGAAGAUGAAGUCAAACUGAAGAGGGAAGAGAUCCUUGGUAAGUUGGACAGCAAGUUCACGAAUAUCAUCCUCAAGCAAAAGGAAAAGGAUGCUAUCAAUGCUCUUUUGAACACUCCAGGCAUCUUCUCUCAGGAUGAGAUUGUCGAGUUCAGACACAAGUACAUUCCAGCAGUGUUGCCUGAGUCUGUUCCAGGUACCGUGCUUGAUAUUCCAAAGGGCCAGAAGUUGCCUAAGGAUGCUGUUGUGGUGAAGACAUUCAACCCAGCAACGAGAUCCUUAAGAAGGGUGGUAAGAACUAAGGAUGCCUUCACGUAA